AUGGAAGCAUUAACAAUCAAGCAACAAAACGAAAUCUAUCCUCUUGUAAAUAUGUUUGAAGAAACUUUUGAACAAUUUGAUCCAAAUGUUGAUUAUGAUUGUUUACGAAAAUAUGAUGAAAAUAAUACACAUUUUUCUAUGGCAAUUAUCGUAGAAAAUCGAGAUGAUGAACAAGAACAUGUUAUUGGUUAUAAUUGUAUUUAUCAUUAUGAUACACAUCGAGUUAAACUUGAAUAUGAUAUUGCAAUUGGAUGCUGGAAAAUAUUUCCUGAAGAAUUAUCAAAUAUUCUAUUUAAUGAUAUUCAAACUUUAAAACUUAAUGAACAAAUUGAACUUAUAAUUAAACGAUUAGAUCAACAAUUUUUUGAUUUAGAACAACAUUUAUAUCAAAAUAAAUUACCAUCAAUUUCAAAAGAAGAACAUAUUGAAUUAUCAUCAUUAACUAUUCCGGAAGAUGUUGUUGAUUAUGGUUUACAUUCAUUUAUAAGUGGUUCACGUUCUAAAUUUAGUGGUUUAGCUCCACCACCAGUUGCACCACGUCGAAGUCGACAAAAUAGUGCAUGUAGUACACAAAGUAGUGUUCGAUAUGCUUCAUUUGUUCCACCACCAACAGCGCCUGUUCGUCGACGUCGAGUUAUCGAAUCAAUUCUUUUACAUGUUCAACGAAAGAAAAAAACAUUUGAAAAAAUCGUUGAUGUCAUUAAAGGAAGAGACGCAAUAAAAAUGCAUGAUUUAGGAAUAGAAUUUUUACGUGUAUAUGAUGGUAGAUUUAAUUAUCGAGAAGGACAUGAAUUCGUAAUGUCUUAUCGAAAGAAAACUUGGUCUUUAACAAUUGAUAAGAUUACAUGUGUUGAUUGUCCAGUAGGUGAUAUUGGACCACGAUCAGUAUUGAUAUUGAAUUAUAAAGGUCAAUACACAAGUGUACAUGUUUAA